AUGAGUGAGCCGGGCCGACGGCCGUUGCGCCUGCCACGAUCGAUCGCCGUUCUGCUGGUAUCGGCCGGCCUCGUCCAGGGCUGUGCCGCGCUCGGCGGCACGGGUGAGCCGCCCGACACGUUCGACCUUGUGGCGCCGCGCGACGUGUCGGCGGGACCGGUGCGGCGCGGCACGCAGAUCCUGAUCGCCGAGCCCGGAGCCGUUCAGGCGCUCGAUUCCCAGAACAUCGUCGUCGAGACCGCGCCGUUCGCCAUCCAGUAUCUGGGCGAUGCGCAAUGGGGCGACCGUCUGCCGCGUCUGGUUCAGCGCCGGCUGGCCGAGAGCUUCGACCGCGCCGAUCGUUUCGACGGUGUGGGCCUGCCGGGGCAGGGGCUGGCGAUCGACUACCAGAUCGUGACCAACAUCGCCGAGUUCGGCAUCGACAUUCCCGCCGCUGCCGCCCGGAUCGAGAUCGAGGUCAAGCUGCUGGACGACCGCAGUGGCGUGGUUGCCGCCGAUCGGCGUUUCGCCGCGUCGGUUCCGGUCUCGCGCACCGGCAGCCCGGACGAUUAUGUCGCCGCGCUCAAUGCGGCCUUCGCCGGCGUCGCCACCGAGAUCGUUGCCUGGUCGGCCGAUCUGAUCUGA